CGGCUGUGGCAGGUGCUCCAGCGUCCGCUUCUCCGCUCGACCAGCAGCAAAUGAUCAUGGCAAGUAAGAUAUCCUGAGUAAUAAUGUCCCCACCCCGCGAAUUCGCAUGCGGAGACUGUGGCUCGUGCGCAGCGGCCCCAUGAGGGACAUUUUUUCAUGGAAUCUGGGGCUUUGUCAUGCUCUCAUCAGAAUAAGGAGCAAGAUUAAGAUUUGUCAUGUGAGGACUCCAAUACACUAGCCAAUAAACACCACUACUUACUACACUAGAGAGAGAGAGAGACGGAGACCCAGAGCUUUAUUCACGCGCAAGGCAGAAGGCUUGUUGGUUUAUGUAGCCGAAUGGUGCCCAUCUUGAUCUUGACUCUGGGGUGGGAACGUUUUCACGUAGGAUAAAGAUAUACAUGUCUAGAAGAAUUAGUACGCAAUAUCAUGAUGGACUUCGGCACUACUACUGCAAAAAACAGGGUUUUGGUUUGUGCGAUGAAUAGGCCGUGAAUUGUGCGCACGUACGACGAUGAAGAGGAUGACAUUUCUGAGUUUAUUAAACAACAAAAAAGUGACCAAUCGACUUCAACGAAAAUCAAAAGACGGGCACCUAGACAUCACAUUGAUUGUUGCUGAAAACAUGUGUGUGGAAAACCAGAUAUGAUGGGGCUGAAUCCGAUGCUGGUGAUGCAGCAGCAGGCCGCGAACCCUUUGAUCCAGGCCGGGCUGCUCUCCGGUGCCGGAGGCCUCGGAGGGAAUCCCCUGAUGCCACAAGCAGCAGCAAACCCGCUGAUGAUGAUGCAGACUGCCAACGUGACCACGAUGAUGCAGCACCCAGUGGUAUACAAGAUAGUAUAAUAAGCCGCCCGCUAAGUAUUUAAUAGUAGAAAACAAGUCGUGGUACUGCGCAGUAAACAGACUGAAAAAGUGAAAAAUUUCUCAAGGUGCGUGGUUGCUGUUGUAGCAGACAGAAAGUCGAUGGCGUUCUUGGCGUCCGUCUGAUCUGAUCGGCGCCGGUUUCCUAUGAUUCAAUAUGAUAGUUGCUUAAUAGUCAUCAUGAUGGACGACGAGAGUUUGUUUAAACGUAAGUAAAUGUAAAGAUGACUCACGACGACGAGGAAAUAAAAAAAAAAAGAUGCAAGAGCUUGCCGUGGCGAAUCCAGUGAUGACGCAGAUGUUGCUGCAGAAUCCUCCUCUGCUGGCGCAACUACUACAGGAGCACGACGAGGCUCCGGAGGAAGUUGAGGAGCUACCGCAAACGGAGUCGCGGUCGCCGUCCGUUGGCGAGAAUCAAAACAGUGCGAGCGUGGGUGCGCCUCAAGUGCAACAGCAUCAAUAUGGUCUGUGCAAGCGUUACGCUCAUGACUGUCGCAUGAUUUUGUGAUGCAAAAAAAUCUUGUUCAAAAGCAAAAGGGUAGAGCGUGCGCGUGUCUGGUGUUGCGUCACAAAUUUAUUUGCACAGAUUUCAACGCUGAUGAGCGCGUCGCGAUCGUGCUCUGCAAAACAGCUUGAUCGUGUGGAGUGUGAAGUUUGGGGCUCUACUGCAUGUUGGCAAAUCAUGCAACAGCGUUCAGUGUAAUCAUUUCUGAGAGCGGCACAAUCAAAAGCCGCCCGGGGGGGUCUCUGUAGCAGACCAUAGUGGCAGCAGCUCUACAGGUCACCACCCGCCUUCUCUCGCGGACCACGACACGAGUUACGCGGGUCAGUUGCUGCGCAAGAAGCAACAGCAGGAACAGAAGAAGCAAGCGGACCAAAAGCGCACGAGCCUGACCCGUCGCAACAGUAUACUUGCCGACUUUUUGAAGCAAUCCACGUCUCUUGGCGCGACUGCUGCUAGUGGUGUUGGUGCUCCUGGCGUGUUGAGCAGUACAAUCACGCAAGACCACCACGCCGGAGGAACAGCUUCCGGCUACCAGGCACCGAUGGAACAAAGCGGCGGGCCGCUAGGUAAUAUCGUGUCCUCCGGAAACGCGAGCAACGGUGUGAUGAACAACCUGCAGCAACAAGCAGAGCGCGCGCGGCGUGGAAGCUUUCUGGAGAGUCUGGUCACGUCGUCCACAGCACUUGGCGCCGGACUGUCUCGGAGACCCAGUCUCGGUGGAGGAGCCACCCCCAUGAACCAACUUGGGAAAGUUCAAGUUGCGACUACCAACAUCUCAACUCCCACUGCCGCUGGAGGCGCACCGCCAAAAAACUCAAGCAGCUCGGCGUCGGGAGUGAAUAAAACGAUUUCGGCGCCGAUAUCAAAAUGAAAAACCCCCCCUCCCAUAGCAAAACGGAAAUCUGUGACGCGGGACUGUUGUGAACACAAAUCAGCUUUGUCUUGCAGUAGAGGACUGCGGGCAGAUACAAGAACCGGGCGGGGAUGUUUCGACGUAGCAGGCGCCUAGCAUGACAGGCGUCUGCCCUGUAGGUCUACUAGUAGCAUCACGAGCCGCCUGAAUAGUGCGGCGGGCGGACUUUCCCGGUGUGCCUUCUUACACGACGAAAAACACGACGCGCAAACACCGAGCAGGGUCCCAAUCUUUCAGAGGCAUGCCGUUUCAGUAAGUAUGGGGACGGGGGAUUUUUCCUCGUGAUAGCCGACGCCAAGCAACGCAGCCAGACCGGUUAGUAAAAAGAAGGAUAUGACGCAGGUCUGCUCAGGUUUUACAUUCCUUGUCGGCUGAUGCAUUUAAGUGAUAGGGAUAGCACUGUUUGUCGUUUGUAGUUUUGUCCUCGGGCAGGGAAACGAAACAUCUGCACCUCAAAGCUGAGCAAUGUUUUCAGAAAGGCUGCUCAUGGAUGAAGUCUUUCUACACCGCGAGAAAAAUAUUAACGCCGGAGCCACAUUCCGCGAUGUUGUAGCAGCAGUUGAUGAGGACUGUGAGAACCACCGAGCGCUUCUGGAGACACACUCCAACAGGGCAGCCAUUUCUUUUGGCUCGUGUUCUGGCAAGGAAGAGGCUGGCGGCCGCCGUAUUUAUUCUUCGCUGUGCCAAGCAAUGAGCUUCGGGCACUCGCUCGCCCCCCAUUUUCCGAACUCCCUUUUUGUCAGGGACAUGCCAUUGCUGGAGGAAUUGGCUGGGGGGGCGGUAGCUUUUUACGACGACGGGAGGCAACUGACACCUGUGGCAACAUUUCGCCUCUGCUGCUAUUGCGCUCGCAUGCAUUAUCCUAAAGGCGGCGCGUUCCGGCUGUGAAGACCGGCGACUUUCUGUCGAUAUGUGUUUGGCCUCUCCACUUCUGUUUUUCAAACGGAGAUCAAAUUUGAAAGGAGUUGGAAAUAAGUUGGAAAAAAGUUAGGACCUGGAAUGUAAUAUGGCUAACUUUUUUCUACCUCUUUCUAACUUUUUUCUAACUUCAAACCAAUUUCGAUUUGAAAUUGGUCUCGGACCUCAAUUUCGAUUUGAAAUUGACCAGAGUUGCCAAUUUCGAUUUGAAAUGGGCCCGGGAGGCCAAUUUCGAUUUGAAAUUGGAUUGGUUGGUGGAUUUCGAUUUGAAAUUUCUUCGGGGUUUCAAUUUUGGCCCACAAUUGCCAGCGAUUGCCCUUCGAUUCCGUAUCGUCGAGCCAUCUUGUAGAGCCCCCUAGCGCCUCGCAUCAGGCCCCGUCGUUAUUAGGCCCCACGAGAUGUGGCGGGGUCGUCGGCUUCGACAUGCGGCUGUCAAAGGCACUGAGGGUUCCACAGAUGCGUUGGCUUCUUUGUCCGAUCGAUUUCGAUCGUGGAUGGAGGUAAGUUUCUCUUCUUGUGAGCAUUUGAUCCUUGGGCGCCUUUGUGCCGGCUUCUCUGGGGGUGGUAGGUUUUCUAGUGGCGGCGUUGUAACAUAGCUGGAGCGUGUAGCCGAGCAAGAUGGCUUUCAUGGAUGGUUGAGGUAAUCGGGAUGCCUCGCUUUCCAUGUCUUGCCUCGGGCCACGCAACACUUGUUGGGGUAUGGUUGCAGGUCACUUGAAAAGCCGGCCACGCACUACCUGCGAGAAUUCACAAGCCCGAAAAUAUUGCAGAUGGGGUUGGGAUGUGUUCCACAUGACGGGCUUCAGGGUCGUCAUUUUUUGCAGAUUUGAAAUUGGGUUGAAUUUGUUUCGAAACAGGAUUAGUUUCCGGCCACUUUGGAUUUAACAGCAGUUGAUGAGGACGGUGAGGACCGCUGAAGAGGGCAUAACCAAGGGGCUUUCCUCUUCGUCAUCCGACUCAGCGCUAUCUUCCGGCGCGGAGGAGAGCGAGUCCGCGGAGCAACAGCCUAA